ACCAUGUGCGAUUCGUGACCUGGGAACAGAGGGAUCCCGUGCGACAUCAGAUGUGACUCCGCGAUAGUUUCAUUUGACGCAGAGACGAAAGGGAGAAGGUGGAGAAAAAUAAAGAAGCGCCUACCAUUUUAAAAACUGCUACUACCAGGCCUCUAAUGGAUGCGGGAGCAGCCGGCGUCGGCGAUGCCGUCGACGAUCUUCCUACGAUGGCUGCCGUAUCGCGGUGGAAAUUCGCCGUGUCCCGGCAGUAUCAGCAUCUGCUCGACAAGGCGACUCCGCACGUCCUCCACCGUUGGAUCGCCUGCUUAGUCGUUGUCUUCGUCUACGUUGUCCGCGUCUACAUCAUCCAGGGGUUCUACAUCGUCUCCUAUGGUCUAGGCAUUUACAUCCUCAACCUUCUCAUCGGAUUUCUUUCCCCACAGGUUGACCCCGAGAUCCAGGAAAUCUCUGAUGGUCCAUCCCUUCCAACGAGGGGGUCCGAUGAAUUCCGUCCUUUCGUUCGUCGGCUCCCGGAGUUUAAGUUCUGGUACUCGAUCACGAAGGCAUUUUGCAUUGCGUUUGUGAUGACCUUUUUUAGUGUUUUUGAUGUACCUGUGUUUUGGCCAAUUCUUCUCUUCUACUGGGUAGUCCUAUUCUCCCUUACCAUGAGGAGACAGAUAUCUCACAUGAUCAAAUACAGAUAUGUGCCGUUCACAUUUGGGAAACAGCGCUAUGAUGGAAAGAGAACAACGGCAGAGAGCUCAACCCUUUCUCCUAGGGACUGAAUCCUUCAGGUUGAUCGAACUUUAUUUGCUUCAUUUAAGUCGCAGGUCCACAAGUUGCUUGAUUGCAUAUGCAGUAUUCUUUGAACAGCUGGAGCAAUCUGAGUUUAUUAUGCCUGAUGAAGAUUACCUCGAGGACAAGUUUGGGCAUCCUCGAUAUGCAUCGUUCAGUCGAGCACUGGUGUCAUUUGGGAAGUCCUAACGACCUAGUGAAAGAUUUAGUUUUGGGGAAGGGAGGGGGUUGCUGAGGGCUCCUUCUAGUUUUCUUUUAAUAUUUCGUUUUUCUAAUUUCUUAUUUCAAUAUAGGUGGCAAUUGCCAUCAUCUUAUUGCUGAAUUCUUAUUUAAAAUGACAUGAAAUUUUAUUGAGUCUGUGUAGAAGGCAUCCCUGCCAUAAUUUGCAAUGAGUUUAUAAGUAUACUGAUCAAUCUAUUGUAGUGAAAGUAAUUUUAACCAAUCUUUUUCGAUA